UGGGACCGGCCCUGUCAUUUGAUAAAACACAGUGAAAACCUGACCGACACAUUACUGCUGCUGUCACCGUCACCACAGACUCUGAUGUCCGCCCCUGCUGGCUGUGUCACCGCUCGUCGCUUCCCUCCUCUGGGACCGUGAGUAUGCGGAACUCCCUGCGGACUGACGGUGCUGUCGGAGGGGAUGUUGUGAAGGAGGCAGGUCGGAACUGACCGAAGCAGCGGAGCGGAGAGGCGGACACACACACACACACGCACACGCACACCUCCUCCCAUCAUCAGUCACACCUCUGCCCGCCGGACCACACGGGCGCAGCUCGCCCCUACAACCCGUCCUCCACACCCGGUGCUACACCGCGGUCUUCACGAGAAACGCCCGAAUCCAGACGCCCCGCGCGGCCUCUCUCCCUCCGUGACCGAGCAGGACACCCUCCGCCCAGGCCGUCAUCAGCAGCAGCUGGCUCCGCAGCGAGCGUUAGCGGCUAACCGGCUAACGCGGCCAGGUCUGACUUAGUCAUUUCUUUGGGAUCAACACAAUGACGAGCGAGUCGCAGCGGUUGGAAAGACAACACUGACUCAAGACAGAACACAUAUCCUGGAUGCCGUGACAUACAGGACGGGUUCAAUCCAAGAUGGAGAAAAAGAAAAUGUGCCCUCGCCUUCUCGACUACUUAGUCGUAGUUGGAGCAAGGCAACCUAGCAGUGACACUGUGGCCCAGACACCUCAGCUCCUUCGCCGCUACCCGCUGGAGGACCACCCUGACUUCCCACUCCCACCAGAUGUGGUGUUUUUCUGCCAACCGGAGGGCUGCCUUAGCAUCCGCCAGCGCAGGGUUAGCCUCCGCGACGACUCCUCGUUUGUUUUCACUCUUACCGACAAAGACUCAGGAAUCACCCGCUAUGGAAUCUGCAUCAACUUCUACCGCUCUUUUCAGCGAGGGCAUCACCGUGCCCGCGGGGACAAGGGCAGCCACUCAGACACAGCCGCACAGGCAGCAGAUACCGCUAGUGAAGGGUCUGAUGGAAGUGGCGGAGGCUCAUCCUCCGUGUUAGCUCCACCUAGCAAUGCUGAGUCCGGAGCUCCGCCUGCCUCCGGAGAAGAGGGCAGAAAACCAGGUGCCGAGCUAAAUGCCAGCAAAUCCCCACAGCACAGACGAAGCGCUGCUAAGACGGCGCCCAGGAACCGCAACAGCACGCUGACCUCGCUGUGCAUUCUCAGCCACUACCCGUUCUUCUCCACCUUCAGGGAAUGCCUAUAUAUUCUGAAGAGGCUGGUGGACUGCUGCAGUCAGAGGCUAACGCAGCGGGCUGGGCUGCCUCGCGCCACCCAGAGGGACACCAUGUGGCGAGUGUUUACUGGGGCGCUGACGGUGGAAGAGAAAGGCAGCCAGCUGCUGGCCGACUUGCGGGAGAUUGAAUCCUGGAUGUACCGGUUGCUGCGUUCACCAGUACCCGUGGCGGGUCAGAGACGUGUGGACGUGGAAGUGUUGCCCCAUGAACUCAAACGGCCGUUCAACUUCGCCCUGCCUGACAACUCCCGCUUCUCAAUGGUCGACUUCCCCCUGCACCUGCCCCUGGAGCUGCUGGGGGUGGACGCCUGUCUUCAGGUCCUCAGCUGCAUACUGCUAGAGCACAAGGUCAUUCUUCAAUCCAGAGAUUAUAAUGCUUUAUCAAUGAGCGUUAUGGCCUUUGUGGCCAUGAUUUACCCUCUGGAGUACAUGUUCCCUGUCAUCCCUCUACUGCCAACAUGUAUGGCCUCAGCUGAACAGCUCCUUCUUGCCCCCACUCCCUACAUUAUUGGCGUUCCAGCAAGUUUCUUCCUCUACAAAGCAGAUUUCAAAAUCCCGGAUGAUGUGUGGCUUGUGGACCUUGACAGCAGCAAGGUUGUUGCACCCACCAAUGCAGAGCUGCUACCACCUCUUCCAGAGCCGGAAGCAUGCGAGCUUAAGAAACAUCUGAAACAGUGUCUGGUUAGGUUGACCGUGAUCACCCAAAAGCAGAUCUUCUCCUCUGAAAAUAAGGCCUUGGCCAGUAUGAGUUUGAACACCCAGCCUAUUCUGAACCUGGAGAAGUUCCAGGAAGGUCAGGAGAUGCCUCUGCUCCCACCGGGACGAGACAAAGCCUCACCGUCCUCCACAGAGUUCAACCCUCUGAUUUACGGCAAUGACGUCGAUUCAGUGGAUGUAGCCACCAGGGUGGCCAUGGUACGGUUCUUCAACUCCGCCAACGUUCUUCAGGGGUUCCAGAUGCACACUCGUACCCUGCGCCUCUUCCCCCGACCAGUGGUGGCUUUCCAGUCACAGUCUUUUCUUGCGUCUCGGCCACGGCGCUCUAGCUUUGCAGAUAAACUCUCUCACACGCAGGCAGUGGAGUUUUACGGAGAGUGGGCUCUCAACCCCACCAACCUCGCCUUUCAGAGGAUACAUAACAAUGUGUUUGACCCAUCCUUGAUCGGAGAUAAGCCCAAGUGGUACGCUCACCAGCUACAACCAGUGUCGUACAGAGUGUAUGAUGGGAGCUCCCAGCUGGUUGAAGCCAUGGCCGGUCCCUUGGAGGACGAUGGCAACGAAUCUGAUCCCACAGACAGUGGAAGUGACAGUGAGGCUUACGAUGACUCCAGCUCAUCUUACUCCUCACUCGGUGACCUGGUGAGCGAGAUGAUCCAAGGGGACAUCCAGGGAGAUACGCCCAGCUUGGACCCUCCUACCCACGCUGCACUGGGAGAUGCCAGUGAGGUGGAGUUUCAGGACUUCCAUGAAUUCGGGGAAGGUCCUGGCUCCGAGGGUCCCCCUGGUGGGGAGGGACCUGCUGAAGCCUCCGAUGGACAACCGCUGCGCUCGAGCUCCAGCACAACUGCAAGCUCCAGUCCCAGUACAAUAAUCCAGGGAGUCAACGAGCAGGGGGAAGCACCUGAAAUUGAAGCAUCGGCGAGCGCUGCUUUACAGAACCCUGUCCCCGCACUGGGCAGUCAGCCGUUCCUCAGGCCUCCAGCUGAUACUGGCCUGCAGGACCCAGGCAACAAAAAGCAAGAGUAUGAUAACCCGUACUUUGAGCCCCAGUAUGGCUUCCCCGCUGAGGAUGACCCUGAUGCAGAGGAGCAAGUGGAGUCAUACACCCCUCGAUUCAACCAGAACCUCAAUGGCAACAAGACGCAGCGUCCGUUACGUCCCAGUAGCUUGAGGCUUCCAGGAGAGUCUGACGGGGAGGGAGACUCCCGCAACAGCUCGCCAAACUCCACCAUCUCCAACAGCAGCAAUGAUGGGUUCGGUGGACUCAUGUCCUUUGCCAGCAAUCUGUACAAGAACCAUGGCACCAGUUUCAGUUUGUCCAAUCUCGCCCUCCCCAACAAGGCAGCGAGGGAUAAAUCCACACCCUUUCCCAGCCUGAAAGAAUAUUUCAAUAUUGAUAUUGAGGAGGAAAUGGAUCAAGCAGUAUUUGGGCUAAAUUCUCUAAUGGAGAUUAUUACUGAGGCCGGCCCGGGGAGCGGAGAAGGCGCACGUGCACCGCGAGCACUCGUUGACCAGAAGUCUUCGGUGAUCAAGCACAGUCCCACAGUGAAGAGAGAGUCCCCCUCUCCUCAAGGUCGAGUCAACAACACGAGCACAUCAACACCGGCGUCGACCCUUAUGACCAAAAACUCUCGAAUUUCGUCGUCUUUCCAAGUUGACAUCUUCGUCCUCUCUGAGAACCAGCAGUUCUUGAAGGAGGUGGUGCAGAGUGUUCUCGAUGGUCAGGGGGUCGGCUGGCUCAACAUGAAAAAGGUCCGGCGCCUGUUGGAGAAUGAGCAGCUCCGCGUCUUCGUUCUGAGUAAACUGAACAGAGCCGUCCAGUCGGAGGAAGAUGCCCGACAGGAGAUCAUACGUGACGUGGAGGUGAGCAGGAAGGUUUACAAAGGCAUGCUGGACAUCUUGAAGUGCACAGUUUCCAGUCUGGAGCACUCGUACACAAACGCAGGCCUUGGAGGAAUGGCCAGUGUCUUCAGCCUAUUGGAAAUAGCACGGACACAUUAUCAAACCAAAGACCCAGAAAAGCGCAAGCGAAGCCCCACAGACAGUGCUGGCAGCCCGGGGAGUAAAGAGAGUCCGUCUGGUCGUAUGGAGACUGCCCGACCUCAGGGCCUCCUGAAUGUUCCCCACCUGCAGCUGCCGCACCACCCCACGGGGAAAGGAGACCGCCAUUUUGAUACCCGGAGUCUGAACGAGGAGAACUUUAUUGCCUCGAUUGAAUUGUGGAGCAAGCACCAGGAUAAGCAAAAAGCUUUGGAAAAACCACAGAGGUCUGAAGGCGCAAAGCAGCAGCGCCCCCAGGUGGCCGAUGCAGAGGAGAAGAAGUCACAGAUCAGUGCCGACAGUGGCCUCAGUGUCACAUCUGGAUCUCAGAAGAGCGACACUGAGUCGGUAACGAGCUCUGAGCCACCGAUCCUGACGAGAACAACCAGCCAGGACUCAGAGGCCAGCACAGUGAUAAGCAACAGCUCGGGGGAGACUCUGGGAGCCGACAGUGACCUGAGCAGCACAGCGGGAGACGGCCUCGGUGGGAGGAUGGCUGCUCAUCUGACUCAGUCCAGAGGGACGCUCUCCGACAGUGAGAUAGAAACCAAUCCAGCCACCAGCUCAGUGUUUGGGAGGACUCACACUCUGAAACCAGGCGUCAAAGAUCCCGUCCCAGCUCUGUCCAAGGGGCCCCCCCCUCAGCCCUUGGAGGACCUGAGUAUGAGGAUUUACCUCUGUGAAGGCCUGCUGGGCCGCGAUAAGAGCUCCGUCUGGGAUCAACUAGAGGAUGCUGCCAUGGAAACCUUUUCUCUAAGCAAAGAGCGCUCCACCCUGUGGGACCAGCUGCAGUUCUGGGAGGACGCCUUCCUAGACGCUGUGAUGUUGGAGCGCGAGGGCAUGGGGAUGGACCAGGGGCCUCAGGAGAUGAUCGAAAGAUACCUGUCGCUGGGAGAUCAUGACCGAAAGCGUCUGGAGGAUGACGAGGACAGACUUCUGGCUACUCUGCUGCACAACAUGAUAGCGUACAUGCUCAUGAUGAAAUUGACCACAAACGACAUCAGGAAGAAAGUGAGACGUUUGAUGGGAAAGUCCCACAUCGGCCUCACGUACAGCCAGGAGAUCAACGAGAUGCUGGACAAACUGGCGAACAUGAAUGGCCGUGAGUGGUCCAUCAGGCCCAGUGGAAGCCGUCACAUCAAGAAGCAAACGUUUGUUGUUCACGCCGGAACUGACACCACAGGAGACAUCUUCUUCAUGGAGGUCUGUGACGACUGUAUCGUCCUGCGCAGCAACAUCGGCACAGUUUACGAACGCUGGUGGUACGAGAAACUCAUCAACAUGACGUACUGCCCCAAGACCAAGGUUCUGUGUCUGUGGAGACGCAACGGCCAAGAGACGCAGCUCAACAAGUUCUAUACCAAAAAGUGUCGUGAACUCUACUACUGUGUUAAAGACAGUAUGGAAAGAGCUGCAGCCAGACAGCAAAGCAUUAAACCAGGGCCGGAGCUGGGCGGAGAGUUUCCUGUCCAGGACAUGAAGACGGGCGAAGGUGGACUGCUGCAGGUCACACUGGAAGGAAUCAACCUUAAGUUCAUGCACAGCCAGGAGCGGAAGGUUUUCAUAGAGCUGAGUCACAUUAAAAAGUGCAAUACAGUGAAGGGAGUCUUUGUCCUGGAGGAAUUUGUUCCUGAAACUAAAGAAGUGGUGAUCCACAAGUACAAGACGCCCAUGGCACAUCAGAUCUGUUACUCCGUCCUCUGCCUUUUCUCCUAUGUGGCGGCCGUGAAGGGGAAGGAGGCGGAAGGGAAACCCAAGAUUAUUUCGCCGAGACCCCUUCCCAGCUAGUCCACACCUCCCUCGCCUCCCCCCGUCCCCCCCUCCCGUAUCGUCCUCUGUGUGCCUCUCUACUUGAAACGGCAUCUCGGCUCUUAAACCACAGACUUUCUGACAAUCCAUAGUUUUACUCUAAGCACACGAUCCCUGCCCCCUCCCCCCCCGCCCCCUCUCCCGUGUAUAUACGAGACCCUCGUACCCCUUUUAGAUCUUCUUGUGAUGGCGUGUUUGGUCCGUGAUGUCAUGUAAAUACUUCCAGCUCCUCGUCGCUGUCGUUCUGAUGACCUAGCUAAAUGUUUGCCUGCUCCUUAAACUCCAGAGAAGUGACGACUCUACUCUGUGAAACGUCUCCUGUCGUUCCUGCUGCCAAGACUCAACAGUUUGUGGAGGAGUACCCCCACCACCACCACCACCACCACCACCACGACCACCCCCAUCCUGAGGCACACAGUGCAUGCAGGUCCCGUGCACAGCCUUGACUUCUACUGCAGAGUAGACCUCUCUCGUCUCCGUACGACUGUGUGAGUUGUUCUGUGAUUCCGUGGUUACUGUAAAGUUCCAGUCUGUUCCAAGUUUAAACUGGGGAAGGGGGGGGCGAGCUUCUCAUCGUGCAGGACGUCCCGCGCUGAAAAACGCUUCUGUAAACCGCACCGGAGCUCCGCAUGUACACGCUUCUUACAAGGUGUUUGAACCCUUCGGUAAUGUGACGUGUUCUCAGACGUGUGUUCUCCAGCUCGGCCGUCCAGGCUGAGUUAACUGUUCUAGUUCUGCUGUAAAACUUCUCGUCCGUGCUCUGUUAUCAACUGCAUGUUCCUGUGACAAAUAAAUAUUAUAUAUAUAUUUCUAUAUAUAGUAUUUAUUUAAUAUAUACAUUUAUUGACUGUACAUUUCCCUGGAAAAAAAGAGUAAUGUUACCAAUUGUUCAUUUGCUAGAUGUGCAAUACUUAAUGAGUAGUUAGCCAUUGCCAGAGCUAGUGGAGUUCACUGGCUUCACAGGGUGGAGAAUGUAAGAUGUAAGAUUUCUUUUGUUCCUUUUUUUUUUUUUACGUUUCGAUUGAUGUGAAUAUGACGAUUCAAUGUGACAUGACUGUUUAGUGUUUGUCUUUUUAAAAGUGAAUCUACUUCAGAUCACAAACAG